AUGUACGUCUUUGAGCCGGCGAUACCGCCGCCUACAGAUCGCGUGACCAGGGGCCGGUAUACCGUAUCAAAACUUGAUCGGGCUAUUAAAUUGGUUUUAAAAGAUGGCUAUAGUUGUUAUAAGGCAUCACAUAUAACUGGCGUACCCCGGACCACCGUCCAAAAGCGUAUAGCGGCAAUUCGCUCACAGAUGGGCCAACAGUCCACUUCGGCCAUGCAGGGAAUGGCUACUUCCAAUAUUAGCAACAACAGUUUCGGCGGUGACAUGAACAUGUAUGAUGUGGCCAAUGUGGAAGUAAUUGAAUUUGUCGAGGUUCCCUCCUUCGAAUUGCCGGACGGCACCUACCUGGUGAGUGAUGAUGGGCUCAUUCCCCAAGAAUACAUCCCAAUGUGUCAUGAAACGCUUCAUCUGUCGUGCGUGGAACAGCCGAAGCGUUUCUUGGGACAGGCUUUCAUAACACAAACGAUGCGAAUAACCUGCCUGUGGUUGGCCGCCAAAAAGGCCGUUGAGGUCGAGCCAAGACUCUUCCCGCUUUUUUUGUACAAGAACAUUUUAAGAUUACACUAUGGUCUGCCGCCUCCAAUGCGUGUUAUGGGUGAUGCGUACGUGAAGGAUGAAUUUAGGAGGCAUAAGAGCUCCGUUCCCCCGCAGUCGAUGGAAUUUUUGCAAGAAUGGACGCAAUACUGCGCCACACUCUCAAAGCAGCUACACGGGACCGGUCUCAAGGAUUCGAUCGGCAAGAACAUGGAGCCUGGGCAGUUUGAGAAGUUUUCGGAAGAGCAACUACAUCAGUUAUUGGAGUUGAAGGAAGAAGCCGAGAAGCCACUCCCCGAAGAUAAGAAAGUGCCCGGCUCCGGCGGAUCAUGCAAGGCAGCGUCGUCC